AUGGGCGCGGGGGUGGACAGCCCGGAGGCGGUGGAGCGGGCGCGCGGCCGGCCGGGAGCCGCCAUGCCCGCGAUGUACAAGGUGCGGCCGCUGCACGGCACGGCGGUGCUGGCGGAGCACCUGCCCAGCUGCAUGUACCCCCUGCCCAACCUGCACCGCGCCCCCGGCACCGCCGCGCUGCCGCAGGAAGAGGUUGACCCAUCACUUCUAGCACUUGAAUCCCGCCAGGAAGAGAUUCUGAAGCGUUUAUAUGAACUGAAGAGUGCUGUUGAUGGGCUCUCCAAGAUGAUACAAACCCCUGAUGCUGACUUUGAUGUAACAAAUAUAAUUCAAACUGAUGAAUUUUCUCCUUUGACAACAAACACAGCAGAUUUAGAUCUGAUGCUUGGAAAGGAUUAUGGUGCCCUGAAAGAUGUUGUCAUUAAUGCAAAUCCUUCUGUACCUCCACUGUCACUGUUAGUGAUACACAGUCUGCUUUGUGAACGAUACAAAAUAUUAUCAGCUGUUCACACACAUUCAUCAGUGAAAAGUGUGCCAGAAAACCUCUUGAAAUGCUUUGGAGAGCAGACUAAGAAGCAGCCACGUCAUGAGUAUCAGUUGGGCUUUACUCUGAUUUGGAAGGAUGUUCCCAAACCCCAGAUGAAGUUUAGCAUUCAAACCAUGUGCCCUAUAGAAGGAGAGGGGAACAUCGCUCGAUUUCUCUUUUCCCUGUUUGGGCAUAAGUACAAUGCAGUUACCUCAACUCUGAUCGACAGCUGGGUGGACACAGCCAUCUUCCAGCUGAAAGAAGGCAGCAGCAAGGAGAGAGGAGCAGUGCUGCGCUCCAUGAAUGCUGCCCUGGGCAAGAGCUCGUGGCUGGUGGGCAAUGAACUGACGGUGGCUGAUGUGGUGGCGUGGUGUGCGCUGCAGCAGACAGGCACUGCCAACAGCGCCCCGGCCAACGUGCAGAAGUGGAUGAAGUCCUGUGAGAAUCUGGCACCUUUCAGCUCUGUGAUGAAGCUACUCAAGUGAGCCCCUGCCCUUCAUAGUGAUGUUGUUUUAAUCUUAUUCCACCUCAUGCGUGCUGUAAUGUUUGAGUCCUUUUUGAGAUGUAUUUUAGAUACGACAGUUGGACAGAAUCCUAAAAUAAUAAAAGCAUUACAGCUGCC